AUGGGAGAUGACGCUGCUCGCAGAAAUGCUUUAACGGAGAAUUUCGACGUGGACUAUGUAGUUCUCUUCCGCUUUGCCAACGUUGACAAAAAUGACGCUAUACAGCAAUUCAAGAAGCUCAUCUCGGCUUUAUCUGACGUCGGACUGCAGACUGAGGUACGUCCAGGAAAGGACUCCAGCCUUCUAAUCUUUGUGAAGGCCAAGGAAAAGUUCAUUGGUAAAGCUAUCUACCGUUCCAGGGUGAAAGACUGGCUGCAUGGUAUACGCAAUGCUCGGCCUGACCCCGAUGCAAAGGGUUCAUGUGUUCCGGAGACAGACGCAGAACGUCUUCUCAUGGUCUACAAUAUGAUCACCCUGCCCUCCAGCGAAGGUGGCGCAGGAAUCACGCCUAAGCAUGGCGAGUGGGAUCAUGUAGAUUCAAUCUUCCCUUUGCACGACAAACUCCUCAACAAGACGUGGUUAAAGUCCUGGAGCAGCAAGACCUUCCUCACCGUCGAUGACCUUGAUCAGAUUCGGAAUCAUCACGGAGAAAAAAUUGGCUUCUACUUUGCCUUUUUACAGUCAUAUUUUUCUUUCCUCAUCUUUCCUGCUGCUUUUGGAUUCGCUUGCUGGGUCCUCUUGGGCCAUUUUCCCAUCACCUAUGCUACAGUGAACUGCCUUUCAUGCGUUGUGUUUACUGAGCUAUGGAAGCGGCAGGAAGGGGAUCUCCGUAUUCGCUGGCAGGUCAAGAAUGUUUCUGAAAUCCGCACCAAGAGGAGGGAGUUUAAGUAUCUGUCUAAACGCAUUGAUCCUGUGACUGGCGAAGAAGUGCUGUUUUUCCCUAAAACAACACGGAUAGGGAGACAACUUCUUCAAAUCCCGUUUGCCAUCGUUGCGAUCCUUGCAUUGGGAACGCUAAUAGCAACCUGUUUCGCCAUUGAGAUUUUUAUUUCUGAAGUAUAUGCCGGGCCAUUUAAGUCAUACCUAGUGUUCGUUCCCACAAUCUUGCUCUCGCUAUUCGUUCCUACAAUCUCGACCCUCUUAACAAAGGUGGCCACGCGUCUUACCGACUACGAAAACUACGAGACCCAAGACGGCUACGACAUGGCCCUGACGCAUAAAAUCUUCGUCCUUAACUUCAUCACAUCAUACCUCCCAGUCUUGCUUACAGCCUUCGUCUACGUCCCAUUCGGGAAAGUAAUAGUACCGUACCUGGAUAUCUUCCAUAAAACCGUCCCAUUCGCAUCGUCGUCAUCGUCAUCAUCAUCAGCGGACAAGAACCCGGCCCAAAAUGCCGUAGUAUCCUUCCAGAUCAACCCAUCCCGCCUCCGCAAGCAGGUCAUCUACUUCACCGUCACCGCCCAAGUCGUCAACCAGGGCCUAGAAGUCGUCUUACCCUACAUCAAGCGCAAUCUCUUCCGCAAAUACCAAGAAUACACCGAGGAAAAGGCCGAAAAGAGCGGCUCAUCCACACCCAAAGCAGCCUCCGCCAGCAGCAGUACCGCUGCAGCCAUCCUGGAAGCCGCACCGGGCGAAGCCAAAUUCCUCGCCCGCGUCCGCUCCGAGGCCCAGCUAAGCGACUACGACGUCUCCGCCGACUACCGUGAGAUGGUCGUGCAGUUCGGCUACCUCUCUCUCGUCUCCGUCGUCUGGCCUCUCGUCCCGGUUUCAUUCCUGAUAAACAACUGGGUCGAGCUGCGAUCGGACUUCGUGAAGAUGUGCGUCGAGUGCCGGCGGCCCGUACCCCAUCGCACAGACACUAUUGGGUCCUGGGUGUCCUCGCUGGAGUUCCUGGCGUGGCUGGGCAGCAUUACGAAUGCGGCGUUGGUGUAUCUGUUCUCGAAUGACGGGGUGGGACCCGACGGGAGUCCGAGUCUGAUUAAGGGGUGGGUGCUGCUGCUUGUCAUCUUCUUCUCUGAGCAUUUGUAUUUGCUUGUGAGGAUGGGGGUGCAGGUUGUUAUUUCCAAGAUUGAGACGCCGGCGACGAGGCAGGAGAAGGUGCAGCGUUUUUUGGUCAGGAAGCAGUAUUUUGAUGCGGUUGUGGCGGGGGAGGCGCAGGAUGCUGCUACGGCUACGGCUGAGGCUGAGAAACAACAUCGCCACUCGCAAGAUGCCACCACCCGUGGGGAUGAGGAGGGCCUGGCCCAUGUUAGUACGAAGAUCACGCGUGGGUCAUUGGAGGAGGAUGCGCGCAGGUUCAGCCAGCAUGAUUCGUCGCCGUCGGAUUUGUUUUGGGGCAGGCAGCGGGGGUGGCGGGAGUCGAGCAUUGUUGGGGAAGGAAUUAUUGACGCGGAGCUGAGCCUGAAGGCGGCGGAGAAAAAGGGGCAGUAG